AUGCCACGUAAGCUACGUAAGAAUAUACGUAAGAGGAAGAGAGCAUUGAAACAUCCAAUAGUAAAACUGACACCACAACAACAGUUGCAACAACAAAUAAUGAAUGACCCCACUAUGUUGCAACAAAUGUCAAGCAAUCCUAUGCUUUUAAACCGAGUUUUUGGUGCACAGAGUGGAGGUUUAAGAGCGGCACUUUUAGCGAAAAUGGCAGGCUAUGGUGGAGCUGCAGACGGAACAGCUUAUAACCCUCAAAGUCAAAUGAAUUUGAGUUCACUCAAAAAUCAAAUAUCAGAUGUCAAAAAGUCAAACAUAGACAUACAGAAACAAAUAAGUGAAAACGAAAAGAAACUAGAAUAUGACAGACACACAAAGAAACUCAAUGAGUUAAACGUAGAGAAAAAGAAGAAAGAAGAACAACUGAAAGAACUAAGUACAGAGGAAUAUGCGAAAAAAGUGUCAGAAAAAGCAGCAGAAGUAGCAAAAAUGGAACAAGAUGUUAUAAAUUUGAAAAACCAUACUACUCAAUAUAAAGUACUGAAAGAUGAAGAAAUAAAACAAAAAGCCCUGAAGACAUAUAUGGAUAGCGAUGAGUAUAAAAAAGAAGUUGAAGCAAAUGUAAAGGCAGAAAAACUUUUACAGUUGCAAAACCAAACCGUACAGUAUGAAAACUUAGCACAAGAAAGUAAAAAUAACGACGCAGCCAUGCAAA